CCUCUUUGCAGAGAGAUUCCUGGGUUCCCUUAAAAGUAAACGCUUGUUAGGCUUUUAGCAAUCAGAUUGAGACUCCUGCGGUGUGAAGACUGAAAAUCUAGUUUGGCAAAAAAAAAGUGUGUGUGUGUUUAGAAUCUGUUACGGUUCUAUUAUACCAGGCAUAAUCUGGUCUCCUCUAGUUCUGAAUCCACUAAACUGUUCUAAACUUGCUGGCAGUUUUGGGGAUGUGCUCAGAUUACUACUUCAUUGGUUGGGUUUCUUCAGCAGCCUAGUACAUAAUUUGCGAAAGAAAGCAGCCAAGCCCAGAGAAUAUUUUUACUAAUUCCCCAGUUAUGUUGCAUGUUGAAAACGGGUGCUUUUAAGCGUUUAGGAUUUGUAGGACACCCCCCACUUUAGAGGUAAGGCGAGCCUUUCAGCGCCUGUUCUGCGGAUAUAGAAAAGGUUCUGGGAGGCUGUUGGAUCUGGGGCAGAAUUUCGAGCUGUGUUCAGCGGCUAGGGGGAAAACUCCUUAAAGCCUUUCCAACCUUUACUUCUGCAGCUUUUGGAAACAACCUGGCUCUACUUCUGGGCUAGUGGACACUUCCUGUACUCUUUUGGAAUAUAAGAAUCCAAGGACAGAAAGAAACAGGACUCAGAGUAUCCCUGGGAAUCUGGUCUUCUUUUUCUGUUGGGAACCGAUGCCGAAGAACUCCUGACACACGACAGACGCUGAAGGGUCCCCUUUGCCGGACACAACAUGGAUGUAUGGUCCAGAGUAGCCAUAUGGAUCCUUUGCGGCUUCCUUCUGCACCAAGGACAGGGGGAGAGGCCCCCAGGCACCUACCUGGACGAUGCCACAAUAGCAGAAUUCUGCCGCAUCGACCAGCCCUUGUGCCACAACGAAGAUGAGCAGCUCAGCUUCGAGGCCGUCCUCAACAUCCACAAGCAGAUGGACGACGAUGCCAACGGCGAUGUCGACGUGGAGGAGAGCGACGAGUUCCUGAGGGAAGACUUGAAUUACCACGACCCAACGGUCAAACACAGCACCUUCCAUGGGGAGGAUAAGCACAUCAGCGUGGAAGAUCUUUGGAAGGCCUGGAAGUCGUCCGAAGUGUACAACUGGACUGUCGAUGAGGUGGUGCAGUGGCUCAUCACCUACGUGGAGCUGCCACAGUACGAAGAGACCUUCAGGAAGCUGCAGCUCUCUGGGCAUGCCAUGCCAAGGUUGGCAAUCACCAACGCCACCAUGACAGGAACUGUCCUGAAGAUGACCGACAGGAGCCACAGGCAGAAGCUGCAGCUCAAGGCCCUGGACACGGUGCUCUUUGGGCCGCCUCUCUUGACCCGCCAUAACCACUUGAAGGACUUCAUGCUUGUGGUGUCCAUUGUGAUCGGGGUGGGCGGCUGCUGGUUUGCUUACAUCCAGAACCGCUACUCGAAAGAGCACAUGAAGAAGAUGAUGAAGGACCUCGAAGGUCUCCACAGAGCUGAGCAGAGUCUGCACGAUCUCCAGGAAAGGCUCCAGAAGGCCCAGGAAGAGCACCGCACAGUGGAGGUGGAGAAGGUCUCUUUGGAGAAGCGGCUGCAGGACGAGAUCAGCAUCGCCAAGCAGGAGGCCCACCGGCUCCGAGAGCUGCGGGAAGGGACGGAGAAUGAGCUCAGCCGGCAGAAGUAUGCAGAGCAGGAGCUGGAGCAGGUACGCCCUGGCCGGGAGCAGCCCCCAUGCCGGGUGCGCAUGGCGCUCAAGAACGCGGAGAAGGAGCUGGAGUCGCACAGCAGCUGGGCCGUCCCGGAGUCCCUGCAGAAGUGGCUGCAGCUGACCCACGAGGUGGAGGUGCAGUACUACAACAUCAAGAAGCAGAACGCCGAGAAGCAGCUGCUCCUGGCCAAGGAAGGGGCCGAAAAGAUAAAGAAGAAGCGCAACACUCUGUUUGGGACAUUCCACGUUGCCCACAGCUCGUCCCUGGACGACGUGGAUCAUAAAAUCCUGACUGCCAAGCAAGCCCUGAGCGAGGUGACGGCGGCCCUGCGGGAGCGGCUCCACCGCUGGCAGCAGAUAGAGAUACUCUGCGGCUUCCAGAUUGUGGUCAACCCGGGCAUCCACACCCUGGUGUCCGUCCUCAACAUCGACCCCUCGUGGAUAGGAAGCUGCACGCGGCCAAACACCUCGCACUUCAUCAUGACCGACGACGUGGACGACCUGGAUGAGGAAAUCGUAUCCCCUAUGUCCAUGCAGUACGCAGCCUUGCUCUUGGGGCACAGGUUCAGCGACCGCUCAUCCCUCUCCUCGGAGGACCAAUCCUGGAAAUACCCCGCGCCCUCCAUGUCCAGCGGCGUCCGCCAGCGCCUCGUCGACCCGCAGCACUCCUUGGGAUCACAGAGAGAUUUAUCGCACUCAGACUCGGAUCCCUCCAUCCCUCACCUGAGCAACAGCCAGCGCACGUCCAGCUCAGCGCCCAGGCUGUCUGCCCGGCCAGCGCUGCUCAACAAGUCGGAGGAAGCGGCAGUGGCGGCCGCCUGCAGCUACAGCAACCGGCAGGCGGAGGCUUCCUCUCUGCCGGAGCCGUUCCCCGAGAGCCCCAUCCUCAUGAAGAAGGCCCUGAUGCUGAACCACGGCCUGGAGAAGUCGUCCAGCCUGGGGGAGAUCAGCCACACGGCCGGGGCAGGGCCCCCCCGCCACGCCCACUCCGACUCGUCCCGCUCCCACAGCCCCAGCUCCACCGAGCCCGACACGCCCUCGCCCACCUCCGACCCCCGGCUCAACAGCCAGGGCAAAGUGGGGAACAGCCGCAUCCCCCACCUGGCGUCCAAGAAGAACGCGGCCGGCGGGGAGGAAGACAGCGGCUCCACGGGGGAAGAGACCGACUCCUCGGGCCAGGGCAAGAAGAAAUUCCCCCUGAAGAUCUUCAAGAAGCCCAAGAAAUAAGUCCGGGCCGGGGGGGGGUUAGCAAGGAGGGAACCCCCCCACCCAAACACCCACACUGGGACAGAGCAGGAGGCAAGGGGAGGGGGAGCACCUUGAGGAGGGGGGGCAAGAGCACCCACCCACCCACCUCUCCUCCUCCUCCUCCUCCUCCCCCAGGAUCCCUCUGCUCUCCGGGUGGAGGAGCUGCUGGUGGAACGACCCUAUUUAUUUUGUGACGUCGGCCUGGCCGCCUCCCUCGCGCCGGAGGUGGGGGGGGUCCCUUGCUUUUGGCUGCGCAUGGCUUCAGACGAGCUCUCCCUCCUGGCCCUCUCGCCGCCGCCACACCGUGCGACACUGGAUCCGUUCACCCCGCCUGCCCCCCCCCUUUGUGCACUGCUUCCCCUGCGCACUGCAGCAGCCCCAAGCAGUGGCCCACCCCGCAGGGAGGGAUAGGAUUUUGCCAAGGGAUUGUUGCUGGGGAGGGCGGGGUGGUGCUCGCCUUGCUUGUCCCACCCCCCACCCCCCAUGUGGGUUUACUUUAGGGACUAGCCCCUUUGCCUCAAGCGAAGCAAAGAAGGGGCAGGAAGAGGGCUGGCCGGGGCUGCCGGGAGGAGUGGGGUGAGAGAGGGAGAUGAGCUCCAUCGGCCUGCAAAAGCCCACUGGGGCGGAAGCCUGUUUUUUAGAUCCCUUUGUGAACAGCUGUUCGUUACAGACAAAAGGGGGCAAGUUCAGCCCCCAGUUCUGUGGGCAGGAGACCACUUGGCCCCAGAGCAGCAGCAGGGGCUUUCCUCCUCCCCACACCUCCCCUCGAGGUGAAAAGAGGCCUUGUCUUUUGUGCAAGUGGUGCUUGGCUUUGUUGGGGGUUCCCUGCAGGAGCUGGGGGGCUUUCUUGUGUCUGCUUUUGUGGCUCACGAAUGAUCAGGAGGCUUUGCUGAGCCUAGAAGCCUUCUGCAGGAGCUUCCCCACACUCUAGAGUUUCUCUCUGCCCCGGGACGUCCCUGCUACAGCCAGGUCUUGCCCUAUGCAUGAGACAGACCGGAGCUGGCCUGCCUUCGGCUAGCUCAAGCUUCUUGGCCACGCCAGGCGCCCAGCUGCAUGUCGCCAAGCGGAGGAGACCCCCUUGCCCUCCUGGUUGCAGUUUGGGAGCUGGGCGGCUCGUGUGGGGAUGUGCGUGCAAGAGAGCUGCCCCCCCCAUUCCCUCUCGCAGGCCCUGAAAGGCUUCUGGGUUUUGUUUUUUGUUUUGUUUUUGCACUUUGGAGCAAAGGUGGGCAGGUUUGGGCCGCUGGUGGCCUCCUCCCCUGGCAGACACGGGUCCUCUUCCCCGACAGCAGCCUCCCCUCCAGAGCCAUGCCUGCAUGCCUGCCAAGGACAGAAGAAGGGCUUUGGGGGAACUCUCAGAGACUUGAUGGCCAAGGUGGCACCGCUUUGAGCUUGCUGCUGUUGCUGCUUCUCCAUCUCCAAGUGCCUGCGCCGUUCGCCAUCCGGGCCUUCCUCUGCCAGCUUGACAAUGUCCGGGUCUGGUGAGGAAGGCGAGAGACCGGGCACUUACAGGGAGGGGGGCCUGGGCUCGGCUCAAGCAGACCCCAUCCCCCGAGUUCCACCAUCCAAGGCCAUGAAGACUAGAGCUUGAGAACCCAGAAGGAUCGUGGUGCUCCCUUCCGCCCUUGCCACGCACCAGAGGAGGCACAACGAGCGCCAAGGAAAGCAGCCUUCACAGCUUCCUCUUCCUCCACGAGAUCUUGUCUGGCUGCCAGCUUCGGCCCUGGGCAGCGAUGGGCACAAGGAGAGCAUCCCGUCCCGUCCGUCCCCCCCAGCGCCAGGCCACCCUGCUCUGCACCUGCCAAGUCUUGAUCUUAUUUAAUGGCCAUUUCAUAAAACUGUUUUCAAUCCAAUAAAAGCAUGUAGAUUAUUUUAA